AUGGAAUCUUUCAUUGCUCCCCUCUCCCUCAUCUCUCUGGCCCUCGCCGGCCUAGGCAACACAGCCGGCGUCCCGACCAAGACGCUGAACCGUCGCGCUGACUUCUGCGACCAGUGGGGAACAGCCACGACCAGCAGUUAUAUCGUCUACAACAACCUCUGGGGCCAGAGCUACGACACCAGCGGGAAGCAAUGUACAGGCAUGGACUCGCUGAACGGCAGCACGAUUGCCUGGCAUACGUCCUACUCGACUACCAAUAUCGUGGCCAACGUCGCCUACGACCUCUUCCUCAGCUCCUCAGCCACGGGCAGCGAGGAGUACGAGAUCAUGAUCUGGCUCGCAGCGCUGGGUGGCGCGGGCCCCGUCUCCUCGACCGGGUUCGCCGUCGCCUCCACGACCAUUGCCGGCGUGACCUGGGGCCUGUACGAGGGCAUGGACGUGAGCAUGAAGGUGUACAGCUUUGUGGCAUCGUCCGCCAUCACGAACUUCUCGGGCGACCUGCUGGAGUUCUUCAAGUACCUCGAACAGAACCGGGGGUUGAGCUCGAGUCUGUAUUUGAUCAAGGUGCAGGCGGGCACGGAGCCGUUUACUGGUUCCGCCGCUCUUACUGUCUCCUCUUAUUCUGCAGCCGUCGCAUGA